AUGCAUUCACUCGCACAAGUACGCAUAAACACACUCAUGUAUAAAGCAUUCUAUCCUCGCGUCUCUAUCUCGUCCUUGCCAACAGAAACUCUACUCACUAUCUUCAAGCUCGUCCACAAGGCCGUGCAUCCGUCUCGCUCAUCGCACGCAUUCCUCGAUUUCCACAGCCCUGCUACGUUUCCUUACUCGUGUGCUGGCGUAUGUUGCAUGUGGCUCGAUGUGCUGGCUAUGGAUAGGCGCUUCUGGGCACGGAUCAUCAUCCACAUCGAUGCCCCAUACGUCACCCGCCAUGUCGUCAAUACCUUCCUUGCCACCUUGCGCAUGCGUACCAUAGAGAUCUACGUGUGCUAUCGCGGCGCUCCUCUGAUGGACCCUGACAUCGAAAACAGGCGCAUUCUAACAGCCAUGGAAUGCAUCAGGCCUCAUCUUUCUCGGUGCUCCAACUUCACUCUGAAAGGUCUCUACCGCUCGUCUACAGUUCUCGCUAGCCGCUUCUUUGAUGGUGUAUCAGCACCUGAAAUGAACAAGCUCACGUCUAUCUCCGUUAUCACGGAUACCGAUGAACCAGCCCAAAUAACUACGUUCUACUGCCCUAAGAUGUCUCAACUAGAAGUAGACGCGCGGAGUCUCGCUGACUUCGUUCUUGCCAUCGAUGGACGCAAGGAGGGGGAAUCACGCUCCCUGGCCCCAGUCGCUUGUCGAUAUCGCCCUCCUGAAAUCAUGGAUGCCCUUUCUCCUAAACGUUUCGGUGACGCUCUCAUAGCCGGAUUGUCUUAG